UCGCUUCUCUGUCGGAUGUGUGUGAACGCUGAAUGUUGACAUUCAACAUGGCGGCAUGUCGUCAGUGCUGUGCUGUGUCGUGCUUGUGUCAUUGUUAGUUUAGGACACUUCUGAAACUAAGGCUCACUGUAAAUUUCACAUUUAAAAGCUGAAGAAGGAAACGCUAUUAUAGAAAUAUUGGAAGAGAACACAACCAGACUCAGCACGCAUUGAAGACAUCUGAGGAUUUUCAAGUCAACAUUUAUCCUUUAAAUCUCCUAUGUUUUUGAUUUACUUCUUUUAUAAAGAAUGACUGAUGUUUAAAAAGAAAACACAGUUGUUCUAGUGCACGCUAAAUUGAGUAUUUAUCAAACAGUUGUUAUAAUAUUCAAACAUAUACGUAUGGAAAGUAUUGACAGUAUAUGGUGUGCUAAGAUUUUGUACUUGUAUUAAGUCAUAAAUCAACAAUUAACUGCAUCGUUCAUUUGUAUAUUGUAUACACAACAAGCUUUGUAAGCAAGAAAUAGGUGAGCUAAUAUAAUAGUGACCGUGAUUGCGAUUGCGGCUGAGAUUGUGCUACUCUGCUUGGUUGAUAGAACAUCUUUAUCUGCGUUUAUAAGGAGUGCCAAGUUUGUGUCGAGCUACUGCGGUACUCUCUAUUAAAUAAUUGAUGAUAUAUGUGUUAAAAUACUUUGAAGAGACCUCACUUUCACUUCCUGGUCACAAAGGAGUCUGUAUUUCUGCAGCAUUUCAAAGAGCCAUUCUUCCUCUUCAUUAAGUUCUUAUAACAUUAUAAUAGUGAACAAAGAUAUAAGGUACCAAGAACCGUUCUGUGAUAUCUAUGUUAACACUUAAAUAAUUGAAAAAAGACUAAAAAUUUCUAAAUAUAAGUAUAUAUAUAAAUAUAUAUAUAUAUAUAUACAUAUAUAUUGUGGUGAAACAGAAGUGUGAACAUAAAAGGAAUUAAGUAAUUGUUUCAAGAGAAGAAGAGCAAAAUUAUACGUAAAUAUUAUAUAUAAUACACACUGCGCAAAUUGAGAAGACAAUGUCCAACAAUCCUCAGUGGAAAACGUUCCAGCCGCCAAUCAUGAACUCUGACCCAGCAAUACUUGAUUACAAGUCUAUGGCUAUACCAAGUCCUAAAGCCAUAACAGGAUCUCAUCAACCGACAACUAACAACUAUCGUAAUGGUACCAAUUACAGUGGUGAUCAUUAUAUGGGUUCACCUCCUGAAUGCGGUAAAAAUUCCAACUAUGGAAAUUAUCCUGGUGCACAAUCGUCGCCCCGCAAUGGCGCUACGAGAUUUUCAUUUGAAUUCACGAGCAUAGAAACAAAUGCUGGUUACACUAGUGAACCUGCUACCAAUAAUUCUACCUAUCAAGAUCAAUCUGCGAAUCAAGGAACACGGGAAACUGGCAUAAUUGAGAAAUUAUUACAUUCUUAUGGAUUCAUACAAUGCUGCGAAAGACAGGCGAGACUGUUUUUUCAUUUUAGCCAAUUUAGUGGUAAUAUUGAACAUUUGAAGAUUGGAGAUCCUGUGGAGUUUGAAAUGACUUAUGAUCGGCGAACAGGCAAGCCUAUCGCAAGCACCGUUAGUAAAAUUGCUCCAGUGGCAUUGGGUGAUCAACGAUGCAUUGGUAAUGUAACAACGGAGUUACAAGCGAGUGGUGAUUCACAAGGACGUAUCAGUUACGAAAAUCGUGGAGAAUGUUUUUUUCUGCCAUAUACCAAAGAUGAUGUCGAAGGAAACGUUACUUUGCGUGCUGGUGACAAAGUUUCAUUUCAAAUUGCUACUAAUCAACGAGGAAAUCUGGGUGCGUGUAAUGUGAGAUUGGAGAAUCCAGCGCAUCCAGUUCGAUAUCGCGGUGUGGUGUGUUCUAUGAAAGAAAAUUUUGGUUUUAUCGAGCGUGCUGAUGUAGUCAAAGAAAUAUUCUUCCACUUUAGUGAAGCUAAGUCUAUGAAAGAAGAACUUAGACUAGGAGAUGAUGUGGAAUUCAUAAUACAAACACGCAAUGGAAAGGAGGUGGCUUGCAACAUCACAAAAUUACCACCUGGUUCAAUUAUAUUUGAGGAAGUCAGUAAUGAAGUUGUGAAAGGACAAGUGUUGAAGCCUUUGGAGAGAGGUACUGCUGCUCGUCAUCAAAAUGAUCCCUUACCUGGACGAAUUCGAUACAGAGACAGUAAUCAUUCUGAAGUGGAAGUACCAUUUGGUGACAAAGAUCAAAAAGGCGACUUCACCCUUAGGCAUGGAGACUGGGUUCAAUUUCGUAUUGCGACGGACACUAGAGAUCAACUUAAAAGAGCUACAGAGAUAAUGUUAUUACCAGAAUCUUUCACUGUAUCAGGUGAAAAACGAGAGCAAGGUGUUAUACAAUCUCUCAAAGAUGGAUUUGGCUUUAUUCGUUGCGUAGAAAGAGAACUCAGGCUUUUCUUUCACUUUAAUGAAGUUCUUGAUGUUGAUAGAGAAAUUAGUGUAGGAGAUGAGGUCGAAUUUACAGUCAUACAAGAUCCUUCGUCAUCAUUUUCUAAUAAUCGACAAAGUGCUAUUAGAUUGAAACAUUUGACGAUGGGUACUGUAUCGUUUCAAACUAUUAUAGAAAAGGAUAUAUUAGGUACUGUAAUACAAGAUACAAAUUCAAUGGAACCUGGCCUUAUUGGUUAUGGCCAACAGAAAAGCAUUAUUUUCUUCUCGAAAGAUUGUGACCCUAAGCAUAUUCCAAAAUUGGGCGAUAAGGUGAUGUUCAAUAUUGUUCAAGUAAAACGAAAUAAAGAGCUUGUAGCCGAAGACAUAUUUUUAGUAAAUGCUGCUGGUGAAAAAAUUCAAAAUGUUAACAAAAAAUCAAAUGGACAAGUUUGUCAAGGUUUUAUAGCUGCUCUUAAAGAUGGAUUUGGCUUUAUCGAAACAGUAAAUCAUGAUAGAGAAAUAUUUUUUCACUUCAGUAAUUUUGAAGGAGAUGCUAAUACAUUGGAAUUGGGAGCCGAUAUCGAAUUUACAAUUGGUAGUUCUAGUAAUGGAAGAGGAUCCGGUGGUUGUGUAGCUGCCGAUCAUGUUAAACUGGUACCACGCGGAAGUAUUCCGAGGCCUACGGCAAUUAGCGAGGUCCUAGAUGGUACUGUGAUACGACCAUUACGAAGUGCAAAUCCCGAGCAGAUUGAGUACGCUGGUUUGAUCAAAAUUAAUCCAUCUAACGAGGACGAGGAAACGCCGGAAUACGAAUUCGGACUUAUGGGACUUUCUAACAAGCGGGAGCUAUUACAAGCUGGUGAUCCUGUGCAACUACAAGUUGAUUCAGACGGUCAUGCUUGCAAUAUCGUAGCCGUCAGAAAAAAAAGAAGAGCAACCGUGGAUGCGGUGAAAGGUCCCUUCGGUUUUCUCGCUUAUGAAGUCGAUGAGGGUAAGAAGUUAUUCUUCCAUAUAAGCGAGGUUCGGGACCACGCUACGUUGCAACCGGGUGAUCAGGUGGAAUUCGUUUUGGUUACUAAUCAACGCACUGGCAAAUCAUCGGCGUGCAACGUGACUCGUUUAAGUGAUGCUGUUCAACAACGACCCGAGCGUUUGAUAAGCCGAUUGCGUACUAUAUCGUUGGAAGACUCAGGUCCAAAAUUAACUGUGGUCAGACAACCAAGAGGUCCCGAUGGCACGCGCGGAUUUAGCCAGGAAAGAUGCCAACACACUCCUGGUGCCAUAGAAGAGUAAUGCGCUGUGAGACAUUUAUUGAUUAUUCAAAUUGUAAUCUACAAUUUGUUUUUUAGUUCAUACACUUCGAUACCAAGAUUACUAUUUUAAGCAUGGUCAUAAAAGUUUGCCAAAUUCAGACUAAUGCAACAACAAUAAUUAUGAGAUAGUGAUCUGGAAUUGGAUGGUGGUGAAUGAGGGCCAGAAUAAUAUAAAAGUAAAAAAAAAGAAAGAAAAGAACAACGACUUAUUUUAUCACCUCAUAAUGGAAGAAAACGAAAGGCAGUUUGUCUUAUUCUUAAGAUAACAUUAGAAUUUCAAUACGUAAUUGGUUUAUCUCUUUAAUUUCCCGCGUCUUCAUGAAUUUAUUACUAAGCUAUAUUCGAUGUUAAUUUUCUAAACAUAAUCAAUAGUUUAUAGGAUUCAUCGAAAUUUUUUAUUAGUAUGUUUAUUUUCAUAGACGUUCGGCCAACAUAUAUCAAUUCGUUUUGUUAUUUUGAAAAAUAAUGGAGUAUAGUAUCCCAGAGUAUAUACUUAGAUGUUGAGCUGCUGACUACCUAUUUGUAUACUCUAAGACGAUAUCUUAUCUCUGCCUUUAUAUAAAAAUAUAUUCUUACACAUUAAUACAAUCUUUAUUUGCAUGAUUUUCUUCGAACUUGUUUUACUUAUUAUGUACUUUAUACGCAUGGUAUAUAUGUGCAAUAAGUAAAAAAAGAAAAUAUUUGAAAAAAUUAUAUGCAAAUGCAAAGAAUAUAUACGAGAUUUAAUUGUAAAAUUGAGGGAAAAUAAUCUGUACUAUAUAAUUCAUUGGGAUUAAUUGUAUCAUUUUAUCACGUCAGAAGCUAUAUGGUUUGUUAUAACGAAUUAUAAUACUGAGUGUCA